UCUGAGGACAUUACUGUUAAAUAUUGAUAGGAAAUUGCUUGCACUGCAGAAUUUCACACUAGCAAAUACAACACACCACUGAGCCAUAGUAAUAACAACCAUAGGACAGGCGAUAUGAAUCAAGUGGAUUUACAAGACCCUCCUACUGGUUUGGAGUUUGAAUUCCAUACCCUACUUACACCGGGUGCUAUUAAUUUUCUGGUUGAACUUACUUGUACUUUUGAUCAAGAUGUUGACAAGAUGUUGUGGCACAGAUCUGCUCGGAAAAUUCAACUUGAUCUGACAAAUAGUUACCCUAAUUAUUCAUCGGAAAAUGUACACAUUAGAAACGACUUAAGCUGGAAGGUGUCUCCGGUUCCUAGAAGAUUAUUGAACAGACAUGUGGAUAUUGGGGACACAGCACCAUGUCACACUGAACGGUUUCACAGAGCUUUGCUGUCUUCUGCACAAGGCAUUCAAGUUGAUUUUGAUGAUGGCAAUUGCCCAACAUACUUCAAUCAAAUCAAAGGAAUAUUUAAUAUUUACCAAGUAGUGUACAACAAGGUUCCAGGAAUCCCCCCACUUUCCAAAGCCCCCGUAUUAAUGCUUAGACCAAGAGCAUGGAACAUGGUAGAACACAACAUGCUGAUAAAUGGUAGAGAAAUCCCAGGACCACUGUUUGAUUAUGGUUUGCUAAUGUAUCAUGCUGGAAGACAACUUUAUGAAAGUGAAAGUGGUCCUUUCUUCUAUUUAUCUAAGGUGGAAAGUUUUCUAGAAGCCAGACUUUGGAAUAAAAUAUUUGUAUGGACUGAGGAAAAGUUAAAGUUGCCACUUGGAAGCAUUAAAGCGACGGUCUUGAUAGAGAGCGUGCUGGCUUCGUUUGAGAUGGAGGAGAUCCUUUAUGAGUUGAAGGACCACUCAGCUGGCUUGAACUGUGGGAUCUGGGACUAUGCUGCUUCCUUUGUGAACAAAUUUGGUCACAGACUUGAGUUUUUGCUUCCUGAUCGCAGCAAAUAUGUGAAUAUGGAAAAACGUUUCCUUAAAAGUUACAUGGAUUUGUUGAUUCAGACAUGUCAUCGUAGAGGUGCACUGGCUACAGGAGGCAUGGUGUCUCUCUUGCUCCCGGAGCACAGACAAAGUGAACAAUACCAUAGUGUCAUGGCAACUGUUACACGGUUAAAGCUUUUUGAAAUUAAAGCUGGGGUUGAUGGAUUCAUGGUGUACGAUAUUGACCUCGUAGCCCCUAUGCAGAAGCUUUUCCAGGAGCACACAGAAGGACCUAACCAGUUACAUGUGAUCCCAGAUGUAUGUGUUUCACAGUCUGAUUUGCUUACAAUGCCUGCUGGAGGUGUCACCCUGCAUGGUCUGAAAUAUAAUAUCGCAGUUGGCAUUCAGUUCAUUGAAGCGUGGCUGAAAGGAGAAGGACACUUCUUUUAUUGCGGGAAAGUGGAGGAUUCAGCAACUGCAGAAAUAUCUAGAUCUCAGGUCUGGCAGUGGGUGAGGCAUCGGGUCAAGUUAGAAGAUGACAGCAGAACAGUCACAAGGAGCCUCGUCCACGAAUUAGUUAAAGAGGUUGUACUGCAGCUCACUAACAGGACACAUGCUUCUGAGAGGGAGAAACAAAGACUUCAGUCAGCAGCUGAUUUAUUUCUGGAAAUUGUUCAAAAAAGGGAUUUUCCAGAAUUCAUUACAACUUAUUUGAAUUUGGAACACACAUUCCUCAGUAGCAAAAUCUAAUUUUGGUAUACAUUAAUUUAGCAUAAUUAAACAUUGGUAGUUUAUUCUAACAAUAACAAAUAACCAGGGACAUAUAAUACCGUCUAUAACAAGUUUUAUAUAUACACCUAGUAAGAUACAAAUACUCAGACCAGGAUUAUGUCCUUGAAGUUGGUGUAAAGUCAUUUUGCAAGUAUGUAUUCUGCUCAUAAAUACUAUAUAUUAAAUAUUGUUUAAAAAACAAAA